GGGGCUGGUCCUGUGUACACAACCACACCCACUAGCCUGGAGAAGAAUAGUCCAGUCACUGAGUAGAGGACAACUAGUGUUUCUUCAUCUCCCUGGGAAAAGCAGCAGACAAGAUGGCCUGGUGGAAAGCCUGGGUUGAACAGGAGGGUGUCAGCGUGAAGGGCAGUUCACAUUUUAACCCAGACCCUGAUGCAGAGACCCUCUACAAAGCCAUGAAGGGAAUUGGAACCAAUGAGCAGGCCAUCAUUGACGUGCUCACCAAGAGGAGCAACGUGCAGAGGCAGCAGAUUGCCAAGUCCUUCAAGGCUCAGUUUGGAAAGGACCUCACUGAGACCUUAAAGUCAGAGCUGAGCGGCAAAUUUGAGAGACUCAUCGUGGCCCUCAUGUACCCGCCAUACACUUACGAGGCCAAGGAGCUGCACGAUGCCAUGAAGGGCUUAGGAACCAAAGAAGGAGUCAUCAUUGAGAUCCUGGCUUCUCGGACCAAGAACCAGCUGAGAGAGAUAAUGAAGGCAUACGAGGAAGACUACGGAUCUACCCUGGAAGAAGAUAUCCAAGGAGACACGAGUGGCCAUCUGGAGCGGAUUCUGGUGUGUCUCCUGCAGGGCAGCAGAGAUGAUGUGAGCGGCUUUGUUGACCCGGGACUGGCCCUUCAAGAUGCACAGGACCUGCAUGCAGCGGGUGAGAAGAUUCUCGGGACCGAUGAGAUGAAGUUCAUCACCAUCCUGUGCACACGCAGUGCCACUCACCUGAUGAGAGUGUUCGAGGAAUAUGAAAAAAUUGCCAAUAAGAGCAUUGAGGAUAGCAUCAAGAGUGAGACUCACGGCUCCCUGGAGGAGGCCAUGCUCACUGUGGUGAAAUGCACCCGGAACGUCCACAGCUACUUUGCAGAGAGACUCUACUACGCCAUGAAGGGAGCAGGGACACGAGAUGGCACGCUGAUAAGGAACAUUGUUUCCAGGAGUGAGAUUGACUUAAAUCUUAUCAAGGGUCAGUUUCAGAAGAUGUACGGCAAGACUCUCAGCAGCAUGAUCAUGGCCGACACCAGCGGUUACUACAAGACGGCCCUGCUGAACCUUGUGGGCACGGACGUCUGAAAACGUCACAAACUAAAACAAGGGCAAGAAGUGUGAGCACGGCCUCUGCAGCUUCAGCCCUGACCACGGGUGGGGUAGGGGUCGGGGCGCCACAUCUGGCUUUUAGUCUUCUGUCUCCCUGUUUCUGAUGCUUCUCAUCCAAGGCCUCUGACCCAGAAGGUGCGACCAGCCUCGGUUUCCCUUCCACCUCUUCCCUGAGUCAUUUCUAGGUAUGUGUAUAACUCCCACUCUAGCGUUACCUCUGAGCAAACAGAAACAUGAGCAGGAAGAAGCUUGCAGGGGCCUGCAGGUCAUUCCUUCCCCACCCCACCCCCCCCACCCCCGCACAAAAGCUCCCGGGCACAGGUCACACAGGUGCCUUGGCUCUGACCCAUCUAUUAAUCAAGGUCUUUGGAGGAGAAACCAAGGACCAUGGAUUUCUAGCAGUUGUCUUAGCUGAUAAUCGUCAUUAUCAGGCAGCCAGUGAGCAUGUGGGAGAGCACAGAGAAAGGGUCGCCCAGCUCUGCCAAGUGCGAUGUCUGUAACACCCACUUAACAGAAAUUGCUAGACUCUAGGUGAGGGAAAAUUCUUACACCAUCCUAAUAGCAAGAAUUAGGUUGGAUUAUAAAUCCCUGUCCUGACCCAAGUACACUGUGGCCUGAGAGACUCUGGCUUGUCCAGUCAUUGGCUCAAUCAGCUGUUCAUUCCCUCCAUGUUGAAGCUUGCAGACUAGGGAGCCACCCAGCCCUGAGCAUGAAUGCUAUCCUCCGACUGUGGACACCAAGCCUGAAGAACAUGACAGAACUCUUCUUAAUAUUCACUGGGCUUUCAGAAUCAUAAACAUUUGUACUUUCAAAAAGUGUCUGUGGAUUUGUAGGGAGUGUAUGUGUGUGUGCUGGGAUGUGUCAACUGGAGUGUGUGUGCACUGGGGUAUGUGCAUGGGGGGGUAUGCACUGGGGGUGUGUGCACUGGAAAGUGUCAACUGGGGGUGUGCACACUGGGUGGGUGUGUAUGCACUGGGGAUGUGCAAUGGGGUUGUGGAUUGGGGUGUGUUCUGGGAGUGUGCACUGGGAAGUGUACACUGGGGGCACACGGGGGGGGGUUAUGCACUGGGUGUGUGCACUGGGGUGUGUUGCCCUGGGGUGUGUGUGUACUGGGGGUGUGUGCACUGGGGGUGUGUGCACUGGGGUGUGUGCGCACUGGGGUAUGCACUUGAGGUGUGCACUGGGGUAC